AUGCUCAGUCAGCAGAUAAGGAGAGCAGACUUUCACUUCCACCCGAAGUGUUAUGACCUCCAAAUUGCACAUCUUGCAUAUGCGGACGACCUUCUUCUAUUCUCCCGUGGGGAUCGUUCCUCCAUCACUAUAAUUAUGGACUGCUUGGAAAAGUUUGGGAUGAUGGCUGGCCUAAGACCUAACAUCAGCAAAUCUUGCAUAUAUCUGGCUGAGGUAGAGGAGGAUGUAAGGCAAGACUUGAUUGACAUUACAGGGUUCCAGGAGGGAACCAUGCCUUACAGAUAUCUUGGGAUCCCGUUGGCAUCAGAAAAGUUGAAGAUAGCGGAUUAUAGCCCACUGAUAGAUGCUUUGAGCCGGAGGAUUAAUGCAUGA